UCUGUCAUGGCGGCAUCCAGUGUUGGCGCUGGUCUGUGGAAAGGGGAUGCUGGGCUUUUUAUCCUCUCGACAGGCUGGUUUAGAGGACCCGCUUCGCUUCCGGAGAGCGGAGUGCACACGCAGGGUACUGGGACUGGAGUUAAACAAAGACAGAGAUGUUGAAAGAAUCCAUAGCAGUGGCGUUAACACUCUUGACAUUGAACCUGUUGAAGGGAGAUACAUGUUAUCAGGUGGUUCAGAUGGUGUGAUUGUACUUUAUGACCUUGAGAACUCCAGCAGACAACCUUAUUAUACAUGUAAAGCAGUCUGUUCCGUUGGCAGAAAUCAUCCAGAUGUCCACAAAUACAGUGUGGAGACUGUUCAGUGGUAUCCUCAUGACACGGGCAUGUUUACUUCAAGCUCAUUUGAUAAAACUCUGAAAGUAUGGGAUACAAAUACACUACAAACUGCAGAUGUGUUUACGUUUGAAGAAACUGUUUAUAGUCAUCAUAUGUCUCCAGUCUCCACCAAGCACUGUUUAGUAGCAGUUGGUACUAGAGGACCAAAAGUACAACUUUGUGACUUAAAGUCUGGAUCCUGUUCUCACAUUCUGCAGGGUCAUAGACAAGAAAUACUGGCAGUUUCCUGGUCACCACGUUAUGACUAUAUCUUGGCAACAGCAAGUGCUGACAGUAGAGUAAAAUUAUGGGAUGUGAGGAGAGCAUCAGGAUGCUUGAUUACACUUGAUCAGUAUAAUGGUAAAAAAUCACAAGCUGUUGAAUCAGCAAAUACUGCUCACAAUGGGAAAGUUAAUGGGUUAUGUUUUACAAGUGAUGGACUUCACCUUCUCACUGUUGGUACAGAUGAUCGAAUGAGGCUCUGGAAUAGUUCCAAUGGAGAAAACACACUAGUGAACUAUGGAAAAGUUUGUAAUGAAAGUAGAAAAGGAUUGAAAUUCUCUGUCUCCUGUGGCUGCAGUUCAGAAUUUGUUUUUGUACCAUAUGGUAGCACCAUUGCUGUUUAUUCAGUUUACUCGGGAGAACAGAUAACUAUGCUUAAGGGACAUUAUAAAAGUGUUGACUGCUGUGUAUUUCAGUCUAACUUCCAGGAGCUUUACAGUGGUAGCAGAGACUGCAACAUUCUUGCUUGGGUACCAUCCUUAUAUGAACCCAUUCCUGAUGAUGAUGAGACUACCACCCAAUCACACUUAAAUCGAGCAUUUGAAGAUGCCUGGAGCAGCAGUGAGGAGGAAGGAUGAACACUGGCCUUUAGUACUUUCGUGUGUGUGUGUGUGUGUGUGUGUGUGUGUGUGUGUGUGUGUGUGUGUGUGUGUGUUUAAACUGUUCUGUCUUUUCCUGACAACUCUGUGUUUGGGUGAUAUUUCCCCACACAUGUUUUAAAAUGAGGUUAACAGGUUAACAUUUGUAUGAAAUAUUCUGAAAGAGACUUCUGUAUAGGUUUUUGAGUCAGAAUUCACUAAUCCUAGUUAUGCCCGGAUCUCCCCCUGUUGCUAAAUACAAGAACACAAGUUAGUGUCUUGACUGGGUCUUGAGCAUAUUGUAUAACCCUAUACAGACAUAGACGUCUCAGAAGACUGGCAAGUAAAUGUUACCAGCCCUGACUGCCUACUCCCACCCUCAAGGAUCACUUACUACUGCUCUGGAAGCAGAGAUGCAGGAGGAUUGAGAGUUCAAAGCCAAUCCAGUCUAAGUUAGAGAGUUUCUAUCUCCAGGAACAAAAAGAAUGGAGAUAUGGCUCAAGAGUGCUUGCCUCACAGAUUCAAUCCCAUAAGAAGGAAAGAGGAGAAGGGAGAAAGGCUUUUACCAAGAAUAAUAGCAGCAAAAAUAAGUAGUUGGAAAAGAAGCUGAGCAAAGUAGGCCAAAUUAUCAAAUCAAGCCUGAGGCCAAUUCGACCUAUAUAAAGAGACCCUGUUUUGAAAAGCAGAGAGCCAGAUAACCAUCAUUAACAUUGUGAUGACUUCUCCAUGAAUCUCUUUAUGGCACAUAAUUUCCUAUAGCAGGAUGUUUAGGCAUGCUAGUUUUUACAACCAAUUCCUCACAUUAGUACCCCAGUCCCCAUUCUUUACCCCUCUUGCCACAGUCCAGGUUAUUAAAUAGUAUGUAUUGUUUAAUUUUUCAACCCUAUGCAAACCUGUGUACACAUAUUUGGGGAUGAAUUUGUUUUAUAAAAAUAGUAUAUACACAGUUCUGUCUUGAUCUUUUUUCAGAUACAGCUCUGAAAUCCUUUUGUGUCAUCUAUUACAAUGAACUCAUUCUUUUGGUUAACUGCUCAUUGAAAAAUAAUUUUUCAACCAUCCUAGUGACUAGGGCCACAUGUACAGUAUAAAUUGUAAAAUGUGCUAUAUUUAGGUGGUGCUUUUGGUACAACUAAGUUAUUGAAUAUCAUCGAUAUCAUCAUUUUUUGUCUUCUAGAGUUACUUUUUUUCAUAGACCAAGUAUAAGAUUCUUACUUGACAUGUUGUCCUUUUCAUUCUUUAAUCAAUAUUGUUUCCACUUUUUUGUAAUUCUGCUACUUACAGAUGAGAAUUCCCAAGCCAUUUUUCCCUUUUAAGAAACUCAUCCUUUAUAAAGCUGGGGCUUUUAAACUUUGGAGGCUUUUUCUUCAUUUAUAAUGGCUCGGGUCUAUCAUAAUAUCUAAUUUUAUCUCUCUCUAUGCUCUCUCCCUCUCCCUCUCUCUCUCUCUCUCUUUCUCUUUCACACACGCGUGCGCGCGCACGCACGCACGCACACACACUUGGAUUUG